UUCCACCAUUAUAUAUUAUAUAAAAUUAAAAUGUAUUUACCUACUGCUUUAUGGCGGUAUUGGCAGGCGAUUUGGCCGCCCGGGUUCCGCGUGACCGCUCACGUGAACUUUGGCGGUUCCUUGUGUGUUGAAAUCGCUGAUGAUGAGGAUAUUUUUACAGAUCGCAAAUGGGAGGAAGCUUAUUUAGAAGUUCGUGGCAAUGCUUUGUUUAUGUUUGAUUCGGAGGUGUGUAGCAAUUCUGUUUCCAUGUCUCCUAACUCAGCUUGGAUUUUGGAGCAUGCUCAUUUUGUUGUACAAUCUGUAUCUUCUGUUAUGACACUUCCUCGUGCAUCGGAUGGCAAACGUUUUUCUUCUGGUGUGAUCCUUUACGUUUUAGAGUCCAUAGAUUCUCGUGAUGCUUUAUUAGCUAUUUACUUUGCUCAUUCUGAUGCUGCUGAGCGUUGCUUAUCGCAAUUACGUCUUUCCAGUUUGACAUAUGUGCGUUCUCUUAUAGGCGGUCCCGUUGAUGGUUUAUAUGCUGGCGAUAUUGCGCAUACUAUAGAGUCUCUUCGUUAUUCUCGUGAUGCGUUACAUCAUCAGAAGGACAUUCUUCGUCUUGACAACACUUUACUACAAUCGCAAUAUACUACAAAUAAGCAGGCAUUUUCGGAAUCCGUUGCUAUGCAGCUCCAUGAGAAUGCUGCAUUACGUUCAGAACUUGAGCGUUGUAUAGAUCGCAUAUCGCAUUUGGAAUCUGUUGCUCAGACUCGUGAUGAGACAAUUAAGGGUCUGAGGGAGUCUAAUGAACAACUAUCGUCAUUGGCACUUCGUUUGGAAUCGCAGGUUGAGAAUGCACGUUCUGGUCGUGCAGCCCCUUUGUAUUCUUAUGUUGACAGCUCUGUUACGGGAUACGAUCAGCAUGGUGCUGACAUUGAGUCGCUAAGGUCUGAGGUUGCAUCAUUACGUCGUGAGAACGCUCGUGUUACUAAUGAGUACCACCAAUACAAGAAUAUUGUUAACCGUGAAUACGAUCGUUUUGAGGAGUUUCUUUAUCACGGUUCUAUCUAUGAGAUGCUAAUGCAUUGGAUAUCGUGCAAUGAUUUGAAGGUUGAGUACUAUGAGACUUGUCAUCUUAUGGAUCCCGGCGAACACGAAUCGUUUUGCCAGAAGAUUCAAGUGGCUCAGGAGGAGUUGCGCACGUCGAUUACUUUAGCUCGUGCAUCUUAUAUAAAUUGCAGGACCCAUUUAUUUAAUGAAUUGUUACAAUCCUUGAAUGGUGGGAAGUUAGAGUUUUGUCGUUCAAAGCGUUUACUUACACUGGCAUUGGAGCGUUUGGAUUGGAUCUUCCAACCAGAAUCAAGUCACUUUGACGCUCAUGAGCCCAUGUGGAUGAGUAAGACUACAUUCCAACACCUUUUGGAGACUUUGCUGUAUAAAACAUCGGAGUACGUUUGGUACAACAAGCUUUCUUACGUUGCUGCUUUGAAGCCAGUGCUUACCAAUGACGCUGCUUCUGAGUCUAUGAUGGUAACAUUGAAGCGUCAGUUGCACGAUUCGCUUACUCAGAACGAAUCUCUAAAGCAGCAGUUGGCAUCUUUGCGUAAGCUAACCGGUACCAAGGGUCAUUGGAAGCGCAUGUGGGAGCGUGCAGUUGCCUAAUAUGUUGU